CUUGACUUGUUCAGUCGGCGAAAAGCCGUGAUCGUGAACGGUCUCAAUUUUUCCGGACUCCAAAACCAAUCGUGUGUGGGUGGGUGCUUCUAGAAGACGGCAUCGCUUCAGGUCGUGAAUUUUGGCGGGUGUGGAUCGGUAGAGGAAAGGUAGCGGUGAAAAAAAAAAAACAAAUCGUGACACGGAAAAUUGUGCCCAUUGAACGCAUUCCGCCAAAUGGUGGCAAGUGAUGGGGGUGAUGUACUACUCCUGGUGAACGGUGAAUAUUGUGCAAAUGAACCUACUUCGCGGGACGCCGAAGGACUUUCUGAGUGUGCUAGGUUGAGGAAAUUGAGUUCAAAUUGCGAAGGACUUUUGCGAGGAGUUUAAGGGAACAGGUGUUCCUGGCUGGCGGAUUAGAGGACGUCGACUUUAACGGUGACCUGGCUGGCGCGUGUGUGCAUGUGCAAACAUUCAGGCGUGUGAAGUUGGAAUUUUGAAUUCUCUCUUUUGGGUUCACAUGUGCUUGGCCAUAAUACAGAGGAUAAAUAAAAGUUGACAAGGUUGUAAGCUGUUUCGGAAUCAAUCGGAAUUGCACAACACAAAGCAAGUUCGAUUCGUCUAAUCUAUCUUCUGGGUGGAAUAUAUUCGUUGCAAGUUUUUAUUGGAUUUGUUUUUGAAGGAUAUCCUGUCAUUAUUAACUUACAGUUUGGUAGCAACUUAAGAAAAAACAACAACGAGGUGAAAGGAAAUGCAAAACACCACUCGUGCUAUGUUGGGGAGUGUUAUUGGUAGAUUUGUGUAAUUUGUGUUGAUUUCCGGCUGAAUGGGACAAGCAAAUUGGAUUCAGUUGAAAUGUGCCAGUUUUCGUUUUAUCUGUUGUAAGUCUCUUUCGCGUGCAGCCACUAAAUCGCUGCUGGUGUUGUGACAGUGGUGUUUGAAAUGACGUAGAAAGUAGCGAAGUGUGUCACCAAACUAGUCGCUAUCGAUUGGAUAAAACAACAAGUAUUUGGUUAAAAGCUACGAUGGAUUCUUCUCCGCUGAAAAACAACAACAACAACCGGAAGGUUCGCUUUUUCCUUCCGGAAGGAAACAUUCCGUCGUUCGUUUCGACAGGCGCCGGCCAACAGAAGCUUCGCUUGACUCAUGGCACUAUGCAGUACGUCAAUGGGACUUUGGUUGGCCAGACGACGAAUGGAGGAGAAUCGCAAUCUUCAACGUCGGCUCCCGUGAAGCCAACUCCAACUGUGGGAAAACCGAAAGACCCAUCUAAUAAGAUUGUUUUACACUUAAGACCAUCGACCGGAUUUGAGCGGCACGAUCCGAUGGAAAUGACAAUGAAACCUGUAGCUAGUGCACCGGGUGUGGAGAAAAUAACCAAAGUCCAGAGGAAGCUUUCAAAAAGUGGAAUCCCCAGAAUGGAGUCGAGGUCCUUCAAAAUGCUUCCCAGCAUCAAUCAGAAGGAGGAUCUGAACAAUAACUCCGUUACACGAGAAACUUCUGCCGGAUAUCCCAGAAACACCGACACCAACAAUAAUGUUUCAGCAGUCAAAAAACAAACGGUGGUAUUGCGUUCCAUUACGAAUAACACCCCCUUGGCCAGCAACAAUAACAGCAUUAACAAUGUUUCCGCCAAACCGUUAUCGGUCCGGAUGCGGUCCAAAUCGGUGGGAAAAGUGAACCAAUCGAAAGGGAGCAAAACCCUCAUUUCUCCCCAUCUACAGAACCAAGAAGUGGGCAUCUCCAUCAAGGUGCAGGGAAGCUCAACCUCCCGAAGAUCGCAUUCAUCCGGUAGUGAAAUCGUGGAACUGACAGGAACCGCAUUUCGGCUACUCAGUGAUGCUUCCAAUGGAACUGGCGAUUUUCCCACCAACAAUGCCAGACAAAAAUCUCAAUAUGCCAAAUGUAACUUCCUAACGGUGCCAGAGUUCAGCGAUCGGUACGAAGGCAUGGAAACGGUUAUUUCCGCUUCGACAGCCAUCAACGACGAGGAAGAGGAAGUGGGCGAGGAACACCUUUUGACACGGCCAAAUCAUGAUAAGGAACCGGAAGGGCAGGAACGGGCGCCUCAGAGGCCGGUGGUGGUGACAGAAAAUCGAACGAAUGGUGUUGAAGGGCCCAGCGUCGAGACGGCGGCCAAGAACGGUGGAUCUGUGAUAGCUCGUGGAGGGAAAUUGACGAACGGACUGACAAAUGGAACUUCCAGUGCUGCUAGUGAAAGAGAUGCUUACCUGCAGCAGGCGAAUCCCGCCCGGUACGACGACAGCGGUUUCAAGUGCAUCCAGGACACCAACCUGGGGCGGGAUCGAAAUUCGCUCCAGUUUUGGGACUUUGUGGAGCGAUGGCGUGCCAACCGGGCGCUUAAAAAGCUCAGCGAUUCACCGGCCGUCGCACAGCUGUUGAAAAACGAUGACGGCGGCGCCUCCAUCACUACGGGAAGUGGAAGUCAUCAUCGGCCGCGGGGAGGAAGCGGUACCGGCAAUCUGCUGAAUUGCUCCUCUAGCGGUUCCGAUCCGGCAGUGCAGAGUGGCGAUUCGGACAGAUCGGACGUAAAAAGCCCCACCCUCAGUUCCCGCAUCAGAGCCCUCCGGAUGAGCAUGGAACAGGUGCCAACGGUGACGACCCUGCUGCGGGCCAGCCGGGAUGCCAACGAGUACCUGCUGAAGGAAGUGUUCCGGGACAUUCUGGAGAAUGGCAUCUCCCGGGAAAAUCUGAACUCAACCGAUCGGAGUGGAAGGACGGCCAUCUCCUACAUCUGUUCCACAAAUUUGACAAACUUUCUGGAACUGUUCCUGCAGCUGCCCGGCAUCGAUGUAAACAAACCGGACAACGAGGGAAAUACUCCGCUGCAUUUCGCUGCCCAGGCUGGACUUUCGGAUAUCGUCAAUAUGCUGAUCACCAAGUGUCGCAGCCUGGUCGUCGACCCCAAAAACAAUCUUGGUUUCACGCCAUUGAUGAAGGCCGCUCUUCAGGGAAGAACGCGAUGCGCCAAACUGCUCCUGUUCGCUGGGGCAUCGCCAGUCGAGACCGAUUCCGGGCGAGGGUUUAGGGCGGAACAGUGGGCCCGAUUUUGUGGCAGGCACACCUGUGCGGAAACGAUAGAGCAGUGUGCCCGGGCCCGACUGCUAGAUAAGUCAGCGCCCUGUGGAAAAUGGUCUCACGAUAUCAAUUUGCCGAUCGAGAAGAACGCCUCCCUGAAGGCAACCCGGAGUGGUAGCCUGGCUGCCCCAUCUACCAAUCAAAAUGGGCUCCGUUCCAAGUUCCGCAAAGUAUUCCCCUUCAGUUUCAACUCCUCCAAGGACAAGCAGGUCUCUAAGGAGCUGGCCGAGGAGCACUACACCAAAGACCUGGUCAACUACCUGAAGUCGGCAACGAUCUGCGUCAGCGGGCCGGCUCUGUCCGCCAACCGGAAGAUCAUCCAAAGCCUGAUACGACCACUCGAAGUGCCAAACCUAAGCCAUCGCAUAAGCCAAGCCGCUUUGGCAAGUUCAUGUUCAAAAAAUGUUGUUGUUGAAUCCAAACGAAAUCCUCGAACCCUCCGCAGACUGGAAGUGACCUAUGCCCACAACAAUGCCCUCAUCAAGAAGUACGAAUCAACGUCGGCCUCUUCGACGUCAUCGUCGGCAUCCGGUGCCUCAUCGACAGAUUCUGCUGCCGGAAAACCGCCGGCGGUGGCAUCCGAUGAUCUACCCAGAGGAGACAGUAAUAAUGAUCAUCCGGUGCCCCCGGUUCCGACCGGAAGCUAUGGCGGGAUGGUCAACAUUUAGGCAUUGCCCCUCCAAGGAAAGGCAACCAACACCAAACCAAACUUAUCUUCCGACACUUUAGUUUCACGGAAAUGUAGUGUCAAGUCAUGUCCUAAGCUAGUUAUAAUUUUAAACAAAACUCUCCGUUCAUAUCUUACUGAAUAAUACAAAAAAGAAGAAAAAACUAAAAUCGUUCAAAUCUUUUUGCUGUCUUGUCUAAACUUUUAUCGAUAUUUAAUACUAUUAGGACGUUAAAAUAAACUGCAUAUAACUUCAAAAAAAAAAAAAAACAACAACAACAAAACCGAUUGUGCUAAAUGAAAAAGAAAAAAAAAUAUAUUUCACAAUGAAGACUAUUUACCUAUAGUGGAUAUUUUCGAAUCUCUAUACAACAUCCGCCUAACUGAAGCUGAACGAUCAACAAUGUUUCUGAGAAAUGUGUCUUCAAAAGCAUCGUCGAAGCAGAUGGCAACAAAAAACAAGGAAAACAGAGAAAGUCUCAUUUCAGCGAGCGUAGCGAGUUUUUUUUUUAUAUAUCUGCUGUACUUCGUUUAGCAUAUGUGCAAAACUAUGAAAAUUUAGUGCUAAUAUUAAAAAUAAAAU